GCUAUUUAGAUCUGGUGUGGGGACAGAGUUAUGCUGAACAAUGAUGAAGAGGCAGCAACAGAGAGGUUCCCCACUACUCAGUGAAACCAGUAAGAGCUGGGCUCAGUGGUAGAACCUCACAACACAGCAUCACAGCAGUGGCAGUGAGUGGCCAGCUGCGAUUACAGCAGCAGGAAUAAUUGUGGCAGAGGCAGUGGCAGAGAUAAUAGGAGCAGUUAAGCAGUUGCAGAGGUGGUGGUGGCAGCUCGAUGCCCCCCUUCAUGUGAACACACCUCUGGACUCUGGGUCUUUGUUCACCACGGACGACCAACUCUAGGAAGACAGAUUCCUUACACAAAGGCCAGAUCCUUCUCCUUCCUGGGAAAAAAUGGUGGACAAGGUGCUCCGGAAGGUGUUCAUUUUCCUUGUCCUAAUUUUCAUUCUUGGAAGCCUUCUUUCUGGAGUAUUCUACAGGUGGCAAACAAAAGUGAUGGUUCCUAAGGAAGAUUGGCUGAUGAGUCAAGUCUAUCGCAAAGACACACUGAACUCCACCUGCCUGAUGAACAACCUCUCUCAUUCACAAAGCAAACUGAAACAUGAUGUUGCAACACGGAUCUUUGUGGAACAUAACCACAAGUUCAUCUACUGUGAGGUGCCCAAGGUGGGCUGCUCCAAUUGGAAGAAAAUCAUCCUUCUCCUCACAUUGAACCUAAGCAGAAAGGCUAAUGAAGUCGACCAUGAUCUCAUCCACCAAACCCCACUGAUAAAGAGGCUGAGUUCUUACCCUUCUGACUACCAGGAGAAAUUACUGACCAGUUACACCAAAGUGAUGUUCACCAGAGAUCCCCUGGAACGGUUGGUUUCAGCUUACAGAGACAAGCUUCUGCACUCUGAGCCAUACUAUAGUAUCACCGUGGCAAAUGAGAUCAAGGCCAUGUGCAGGAAAAAUGAAAAUUCAACUGAAAAGGUGACUUUCCAGGAGUUUGUUAAGUUUAUUCUGACAAAAAACCAAGAACAUUUGGAUGUUCACUGGAAACCAAUGUUUCUACUCUGUGAUCCUUGCAACAUUCACUAUGACAUCAUGGGGAAGUUUGAAACGUUGGAGCAAGACUCUGAACAUGUUCUCAGGAACAUUGGAGCUCCAGAGGAUCUGCACUACCCUAACUUUAAGGCAUAUAGCUCAGAGAAACGUACUAGUGAUGAUAUCACUUUAGAAUAUCUCAGAAAGCUGAGCUCAGAGCAAAUUGAAGAGAUCAAGAAGCUGUACCAGAUGGAUUUUGCCUUGUUUAACUAUCCUUAUGAUUUGAAAAUGAACCUUUAUGAGACUGAUACAGUAUGAACAGGAGGGACAUUUUUAUUCAUAUAAUAUCACAUGAAGUUGUCUACAAAGAUUACAGCAAUCAAGCAUUGUUAUUGUUUUGUAGCUCAUGGAACUAUUUGUUGUAUGCACUCCUCUAUUGAAUCAAUGUAAGAAAUUUUCCACCUGUAUGAUAUUUUCCUUCUGCUGAUCUGAUUGCCUUGAAGAUAUCUGAAAUGCACAGAGUCCGUUGGCAUGAUGGAGGUAAAGGAUGGGGAAUAUGGCCUUUCCAUACACAGAUGUUUCAGAGUGUCCACUUUGAGUCUAGAUUAUUUUGAUUUUCAAUUAAUAAAAAAAUACAAAGCAGCAUGUGUGUCCCUAACCAUGUAGGAACCUCCAAUGGGAAUUCUCUAGCAGGCAGGCAGACUUACAAGUAAAGGUGAGGUGCACUGAAGGACAUAAAUCCACACCGUGUAGAGGUCAAAGCAUAGGGGUUUAUUACACACAGCGCUGGCGGAGUGUCACCUGGCUUAUUAGGCUCAGAGACACUGUCAAUUAAUUGAUUACAAUGAAAUAUAUAGAUUUUCCAUGGGCGGGGGAAAGUGACGGGGUAGGCAGUUCCACACCCCGGGACAGGUUUUGCAGCAAGACAAGAUAGCACAAUAGCCAAUGGUUAAAAGGUUACACAAUGUCUCCGCCCAUGGUCUCAAGUUAGAAAAUUAACAUUUGAUUAAUACUUUGAUAAAAUGUUAUUAGUAUAAAAUAUAUAUGUUGAAUUCUGAUUUGGGGUCCAUAGGAAUGGAGUAACUCCUUUUAUUGUCCGACAGGUACGUGUCUAGGGGAUAAAGCAAAGAAACAGUGAAAGCAUAUGGAAAUAGAGAUUGUCUUCUUUAUGUCUUAAGGCAGGGCAUUGGUCCCUUGGAAGGGAGGUGGAAGGGUGCCAUAUCAUUAUAGUGACAUGUGCCAAUAUUUCAUAAACUCAAGGUUGGAUCUGUGGGAAGACUGUUUUCCCUUCAGGAGAAACACAAUAGGAACAGGGAUCCUUUGUUCAAUUUGAAACAUUGGAUGAAACAUAAUUAUUCAGUUAUUGCUUCAACAUCUGGCAUUUCUACUGACCAAGCAGAUCUUAGUAAAGGCAAUGUUAUUUUGUUUACCCCAGCUUUCUCUUAGCUGAUCACUAUUAGUUAGGCCUCUGGUCUCCAGACCAAACUCUGGACUUCGGGUCUGAAAAAGAGCUGGCACAAUCCAUAUAUACCAGGUUGUUAUAUAACAUGCACAUGGAUUUUAACCCUUCAUGCACCAAACAGAAUCAUUACUACAUUCACUUCUGGAAAUUGUCAGAGUACAGCAGCACUCUCACCAUACCCCCAUCAAGUCUCCUACCUUCAAGGGUGUUGGAAGGAGUUGGUAUAGAUCAGGGCCGGCUCUAGGUUUUUUGCCACCCCAAGCAAAAAAUAUUUUGGCUGCCCCCUAUCCCAGCCCUGGGCGCCUCGCCGCACCCCCCUGCCGCCGCAGCCCUGAGCUCUUCUCCACCACCCGCACCCCCCUGCCUCCCCAACCCUGGGUUCU